GUGACGUGCUUGGAAAUGGCGCAUGCGCAUUAGAUUCCACCCUUAUCACCACGUGCUUCUCCGUAAGCAACUAAGAAUAUUUUUUGAGUGUGUAUAAAGCCGGAGUACAGUUGCUUGAGUACUGAGAUGGCACCAGGAGUUUCUAAACAGAAAAAGGCCAUGGAGAGCAUCAACUCUCGCCUGGCCCUGGUCAUGAAGAGUGGUAAAUAUACUCUUGGAUAUCGCUCGACAAUCAAGAGCCUUCGACUGGGCAAGGCCAAACUGGUCAUCCUUGCUUCAAACGCCCCUCCCCUCAGGAAGAGCGAGAUCGAGUACUAUGCUAUGCUGGCCAAGACAGGUGUACAUUAUUACAGUGGUGACAAUGUGUCACUGGGAACAGCUUGUGGCAAGUAUUUCCGUGUGAGCACCCUCUCAAUCAUUGAUCCCGGGGACUCCGACAUCAUACGCACGGUACCGGCUGAUUCAGGCAAAAAAGAAUGAACUGGUUGAAUUCUGUCAGACUGGCUAUUGUUGUAAUGUCUGAUGAUUUCGUUGUAAAUUUUGUAAUGUGCAAAUUUUAUUGUGAAGCAAGCAA